GGCCGGCGGCGGGAGCAGGGCCCGGGCGUCCCGCGGGCCGCCUCGUGGCCGAGGCCCGCAGGCCCGGCGCGGCCGGCGGCUCCCGGCAGCUCCCGGCAGGCCGGCGGGGGCACCUCGGGCACGGGCGCGGCCCUGGGGCAGCCCCGGCCGCGGACGGGGCCGGGCGCGUGCCCUGCGCCUGGAGGUCGCUGGGGGGCCUCUGGUCGUGAUACCCUUCUUUCCCUUGGAAAGUCAUGAAACGCGUACGCACAGAACAGAUUCAGAUGGCAGUGUCCUGCUACCUCAAGCGCCGUCAGUAUGUGGACUCGGAAGGUCCCCUAAAACAAGGGCUGAGGCUGUGUCAGACUGCUGAAGAGAUGGCAGCUAAUCUCACAGUCCAAUCUGAGUCUGGUUGUGCCAACGUCGUGUCUGCAGCUCCCUGCCUGGCGGAGCCACAGCAAUAUGAAGUACAGUUUGGACGAUUACGCAAUUUUCUGACAGAUUCAGAUUCUCAGCACAGCCAUGAAGUGAUGCCUCUUCUAUAUCCCCUCUUCGUCUACCUCCAUCUGAACAUGGUCCAGAAUGGCCUAAAAAGCACAGUGGACAGUUUUUACAGCCGCUUCCAUGGCAUGUUCUUGCAGAAUGCCAGCCAGAAGGAUAUCAUUGAACAGUUGCAGACUACCAUGACUAUUCAAGAUAUCCUGUCCAACUUGAAGCUCCGGGCUUUUCUGGACAACAAAUACGUCAUCCGCCUUCAAGAGGACAGCUACAACUACCUUCUUCGCUACCUCCAAAGUGACAACAACAACGCCCUGUGCAAAGUCCUGACCUUGCACAUUCACCUGGAUGUGCAGCCUGCCAAGAGGACUGACUACCAGCUCUAUGCUGGUGGGAGCUCCUCACGCAACGAGAGCAACGGCCUGGAACCCAGCGAUGUGCCAGCUUCCAUUCUGCAGAACGAGGCAGCGCUGGAUUUACUGCAGGACAGCAUUAAACGUGUCAAGGACGGGCCCCCUUCCUUAACCACCAUCUGUUUCUAUGCCUUCUAUAACACAGAGCAGUUGCUGAACACUGCAGAGAUUUCACCAAAUAGCAAGCUGCUUGCUGCUGGGUUCGAUAAUUCAUGUGUGAAGCUGUGGAGCCUGCGCUCUAGGAAGUUGAAAUCUGAGCCCCACCUUGUUGAUGUGUCCCGCAUCCGUUUGGCUUGUGACAUCCUGGAUGAGGAGGAGGAAGAGGAUGACAACGCAGGCACAGAAAUGAAGAUCCUGAGAGGACACUGUGGACCUGUGUAUAGCACAAGGUUCCUUUCAGACAGUUCAGGACUCUUAUCUUGUUCCGAGGACAUGUCCAUCAGAUACUGGGACCUCGGAAGCUUUACAAACACUGUGUUGUACCAAGGACAUGCCUAUCCUGUCUGGGAUUUGGAUAUUAGCCCCUGCAGCCUGUACUUUGCCAGCGGUUCCCACGAUCGCACCGCACGGCUCUGGUCGUUUGAUCGGACGUACCCGCUGCGAAUAUACGCGGGCCAUUUGUCAGACGUGGACUGCAUCAAGUUCCACCCCAAUUCCAACUACUUAGCGACGGGCUCCACAGACAAAACCGUGCGCCUGUGGAGCACUCAGCAGGGCAACUCGGUGCGGCUUUUCACCGGGCACCGGGGCCCCGUGCUGGCGCUCGCCUUUUCCCCCAACGGUAAGUACCUGGCAUCGGCAGGUGAAGACCAGCGGCUGAAGCUGUGGGACUUGGCAUCAGGAGUUCUUUACAAAGAACUGAGGGGGCACACAGACAACAUAACCAGCCUUACUUUUAGCCCUGACAGUAGUUUAAUUGCUUCAGCGUCGAUGGACAAUUCAGUUCGGGUCUGGGACAUUCGGAACACUUACUGCAACGCCCCUGCGGAUGGGUCUUCCAGUGAACUGGUUGGUGUAUAUACCGGACAGAUGAAUAAUGUACUGAGCGUACAGUUUAUGGCCUGUAAUCUUCUUCUAGUGACUGGAAUUGCACAAGAAAAUCAGGAACAUUAAUUUUGCUUUUUGGCUUAGGGAAGUGGGUGGGUGUCUUGUAUGCCAGAGUCCAUUGCAAACUGAGAUUACUGACUGUGAAACACUUCUCUUCCUCUGCCCCCUUGAAAGGCACGUUCAGAGUGAUGCAAAUGCUUUAAGAUGUCACAAAAACAACUGUGUGUGUUGAACAGAAUAAGGAAAAAAAGGAGGGUUGAUGAAAAUGCAUACACAUUCUAAUUCUGUACUUUUAGGAAUGGGAAAAAGGGGAGUAAAUCCAGUGACUUGAGGAAACUGAAAGCCUGGCCCAGACAAGUGAAACUGCCAACCAGAUAAGCUGGUGACCUGCACUUAAAUAUUCUUCAUUGAUUGAUGGGCACAUCUUAUCUACUGUUAAUUUGGCUUGAGUGUGUGGAGAACUACUGGCCCAGUGGUUUUUGUUUUGUUUUGCUUUUGCUUUCCUGGUAUUGCAGAGGACCAGCAUUUUUAAGACCCUUCUAUUAGAAGAACAUUAUGUAUUUUCUACAGUGAGAGUAGUCCUAAGUAUUUCAGCUCCCUAUAGCACUUCCGGAAUAUUUUGGACUAAAUAAGUAGAAAAUACCCUUGUUCUUUUUCAGUAAGGGCAAGGAAAUCUGACCUCAGUUGGGGCCCAUCUCUGCAUUGUUGUUUGGGUUUGGUUCCUGGUACUAGCUGUGAUUAUGUGUAUUUAUGUUCCAUUAAUUAGGAAAUUUUCUGACUCUGGUUGCACUGUGUUUUGAGGAUGGGAAGAUAGUGGGGACAGAGUGGUGGCUUUAAGAAUAACUACCAACUUGCCUUGUCUGGAGGGAGGGCACCGUAGAAUGGAAACAGCCAAGUCUGGACUCCUAAUGGAAACAGGGCAUGGCAACCCACCACUGCACCUCACAGAAAGAUUUCCAUAAAUGGAAGUUGGCAGUCUAGGGAGAGGAGGAUGAGGAGAAACACACAAAGUGACAUGGGAAAAAAUAGUAUUACUAAAUUAUUGUGUGUACACAGAGGCAGCUCUGCCAGUGUUGGAUUUUUCUCAAAUGUUGCAAUACCAGUUUCAUGAACAUUUUGUGAGAUAAAUCAUCAGCAUUUACAAGGAUCUGCAGAAAAAGCACGUUCUAGUUUGUCAUUUGGAGAGAUUAAAUAUUUCUGCUUUCUGGAAAGAGUUAUUUUGUAAUUUGUUUUCUAUUAAAAGCAUUUAGUUUAAAAAGAAAAAUAAAAAUUGUUUGGUCCCUU